AACUAAAUAUCAGCUGUCAUACGAACAGCUCUGGCUGUGAUGUCGAAGAUAUAUUGGACUCAUCUACGGAAGAUCUUGGAUGUUCGCCCCCGCUUCAACCGAGAAAAUUAUUUAGUAAUACGAUGAAUUGUAGUGACAAUGAAAGUAAGUAAUCAAUCCGUUUUAAUUGAUAUGUUCGGCAGUUGAAUCGGAGAUUCGUCAGUGAGGUUACCCAACACACUCGUAUUUUAAAUAUAUACAUUGCGAGGAAAGAUUUUCAAAUAACUACUUCUAAAAGUUGUGUUUUUGGUGUAUUGGUAUAUUUGGUGUGUUUUGAUAUAUUUCUUCAGUGACAAGUGUGAGAAAUGUGUUCUAUCACCUUUGUCUCUUUAUAAUUUCAUAAUACAAUAUAAUGAUAUUCCUUUUGUUAAUUUUGAAGAAUUGAUCAAAAUUUUGCAUUGAAAAAAAGAACGAAAAUGUCGAAGUUAAACGUUUGUUAAUAGUCACGUAUAAAAUCUCAUUUGCUUUAAAAAUAAACAACGAGUUCUUAAAAUUAAAUUUGUUCUGACCAUUUAAUGUUAAUAAAUCAGUUAAACAAAGAUGAUCAAACUGGUGACCCCCUAUUGAGCGGCAAAUUAGAAUGACUGAGAAGAAGUUUCCAAAUCUUAGCAACCCAAAAUCGAUUGACUAAAAAUAUUAUCUAAACGGAAAUUGAUGUAAAUAAUAAUCGAUAUACAAGAUACAGAAUAGCAACACAUAUAAUAUAUUUACUUUCAUUUUGGAAGGACAAUUAAAAUCUUUGAUUUUGGGUAUUAAUAACAUCAAUGUCUAGAUAGAUAGUAAAGAGACAACUUCAAGUAUAAUAACUAGUAACUGGAUUGUAAUACUAUACUAUACUAUGCUCUUUUAUUAGCGAUUCUUGCACUAAGAUACGCAUCGCGACAGUAUCAAAUGAAAUGUACUCAAACAUGAAAUGUAGGAUUGUGAUAUUUAUUUAAAUGAAAUUGUUAAUAAAUAGAAGUGUUAAAAAUGCAUAAUAAUGUGACGCUUUGAUUACGAGGUAACGGCGUCUCUCCAUUUUUUCUGCACAUGCGCAUUGCUUUACCCACUAGCGACGCGCUCGGUUAUAGUAAACAACUCGAUCAUGUUGCUUCUUCCCUUUUUUUCUUACUUGCUAAAUUUAUAUUAUCCGAAAACACAAUAGCAAUAAAAUUUUGAUUAGUAACGUGACAGGUUAGUGUAAUUACACUGUUCCAAUGUUUUCGUAUAUUUACGAAAUGUUUUUGUUUGAUAUUCUGACUGCAACAUAUUUAAAGGUGCAUCAAGAAUUAGAAUCCCUGCUCGUGAAAAUAUGUGUUCUCAAAAAAUGUCAAUGGCAUGUAGCCCACCUUACAAACGAGUUAGAGCAUUACGUCUUUUUGAUUCUCCCGCUACUCCAAAAACGUUAAUUGAAAAGAGUGCAAUGCAUACUCCGUUUCCGACUAAAUGUUCUAGAUUAUUUUCGCUAGACAAAUCUAGAACUUGUAAUUAUCAAAAUAAAUCUGACAAACCUGCUGCCAAUGUAAAUCCUUUUAUGCCAAAUGGAGUAACGUUAACUGCAAGAAAACGUACUAGAUCUAAGCGCAGUCUGAAUGGUUCUCCAGAUAUCCAAAUUCCAAAAUUUGAUCUUGGCGAUUCUGAAGAAGAUUCUGACAACGAAAUAGAACAAGCUACAAAACGUGUGGCAUUGCAAGAUUCUAAUAUCUCACGAUAUCAUCAAGAGUUCCAUGAACUUGGUUUAAUUGGAACGGGUGAAUUUGGCUCCGUUUAUAAAUGCAUUAACCGGUUAGACGGAUGCACUUAUGCUGUUAAGAAAAGUAUUAAACCUGUGGCUGGAAGUAUUAAUGAAAAGAAUGCCUUAAAUGAAGUGUAUGCGCAUGCUGUACUUGGUAAACAUCAACACGUGGUGAGAUAUUAUUCUGCAUGGGCAGAGGAUAAUCAUAUGAUAAUUCAGAAUGAAUAUUGUAAUGGUGGUAGUUUGGCUGACACGAUUCUCAAUUUAGAAAAAGAAAAAAAACAUUUUACUGAAAUAGAAAUACGACAAUUAUUGUUACAUGUUGCUGAAGGUUUAAGAUAUAUUCACAGUAUGCAAUUAGUACAUAUGGAUAUUAAACCCGGAAAUAUCUUCAUUUCCAAAGAAAAAAGGUUACUUGCAGUUAAUUACGAUUCAGCCGAUGAUGGUUUCGACGAAGAGGAGACUAUAGAAGAGGAAAUUACUUACAAAAUAGGAGAUUUAGGUCAUGUUACAUCAGUUAAUAACCCUCAAGUUGAAGAAGGAGAUUGUAGAUAUCUUCCAACGGAGAUUCUGCGCGAGGACUUUUCUCAUUUACCAAAAGCUGAUAUUUUUGCUUUUGGAUUAACUAUUUAUGAAGCCGGUGGUGGAGGCCCAUUACCUAAAAACGGAUCAGAAUGGCAUGACAUUAGAAAUGGAAAAUUAAAGGAAUUACCACAUUACAGUCGUGAUCUUAACGAAUUACUUAAAUUAAUGAUUCAUCCAAAUCCUGAAAUGAGACCAUCAGCAGUAUGUCUUAUACAACAUAGAGUACUGUGUCCAUUUGGGAAUAAAACAAAAGCACAACUUCGACGAGAACUGAAUGCAGAGAAAUUAAAAAAUGAAAUUCUAUCGAAACAACUGCAAGAAGCUGCUAAAUGUUUAAAAACUAUUGCUCCAAACGUAGCAGCAAUCAAUAAUACAAUGAAUGCAGGAGGCUAUGAAUUAAGACCUACACCAACUAGAACAUUGUCUCGAGCAGUGGGUAAAAAAGUCAACAGAAGCAAUAGUACUACAAAUUUUUAAAUAUUCUGUGUUAUAUUUGUGUCAGACUAAAGUAGAGGGGUAAAGGUGCUUCAUGGAAAAAAUUUUUUUCUAAGUGCCUUGACAUUGUGAUAUGAAUUAACUGUAGUAUAUAAAUAAAACUAUGAUCAAUAUUUGAUAGUAAGAAGAAUAUGAUAAGUAUACAGAGUGAAAUUGUACGAUAGCUACGGGUAUACUCUUGCAGUGAUGAAAGUAUUACACAAAUAAAAUAAGUUGCGAAUUUUAUACAUUAAAAUUAUAAACACUAAUUAUAACUUCUAAAAAUCUAAUUCGUAUUUUACAUUUCAUAAUUUCAAAUUUUUAGAUGGGUAAUACAGUAAUGUAAUAUCAUUUACACAUAUUGUUUGGCCUUUUUUCUUUUUUUUAUAAACAUAAAUAUAUAUAUAUAUAUACAUACAUACAUAUAUAAGAUAUAAAUUAGAUACAUAAAGUUUGAAAAAUAUAAUAAUUAUUGCUACUGAUCAUUAGUCUAUUUAUCUUACAAGCAUAGAAAAUGUAACAAAAUCUACUUCUCUAUAAAGAAUGAAAAAUAAUUCUAUUAAAUAUUUCCAUAUGUGUCCUUAAUGUUCUUGUUAACAAGUUUUUAUUUACCUAUACAAUUACAAUAUAUUCUUUUUUUUACAACAUUACUAUUUUUGUAGUUUAAUCAAGCAGUAUUUAAAAAAAAGAGUAAUAUUGACAAAAAUGAAAUGAAAAUGUUUUUAAUAUCAGUUACUAAUUAAUGUUUUGACAUAUUGUGUUAUACUUCCGUUUUUGUUCGAGAUUGACUGGUAAAUAAUUGGAAGUACUAACAAUAGACUGUGACAAAUUGUUUAUUACAAAUAUAUUAUAUUUUUAUAUAUAGAUAUUUACAUAUAAUAACAGUUUAGUGUUGUGUAUUGUUUAGUGUUUAGUCAUUAAUUAAUCUCUGUAUUAUCCAUCAUUAUAAAGAUUCAAAUAAUUAAUUUUUUUCUUUAUUAUAAUUUUCAUACUCGGAUGAAAGACUGCUACUUAAAUAUAUUAUAUUAAAUAAUUUUUAUAUUUUUGCACGACAUACACUCAAUAUUUUUUAGGAAAAUAUAUAUAUAUGUGUGUGUGUGUGUGUGUGUCUUUUAAAUUAAUAAUAAACAAACUGAUAUUACAUAUUGUUUGUACAGAAAGGAUUUUUAGAUAACUGGAUAAGAGUUGAUGACUGACAUAAAACUUCAUCUAAGCAUAAUUCCUAACCCUAAAACACAAUUUCACUCUGUGUAUUCUUUAAAUAACUCUUAAAAUUAUAAACGAUUAACGAAUGAAUCUUUGAACAUAAAAUGGUUUAAGUUUAAAUUAUUUUUGUAAUAUUUUUUUAUAGUUAUAUUGUCUUUGGCAUGCUCUAAAAUUCGUACUAUACAAGUUUCUUUUGAGUUUUUGAUAUAUAUACAUAUUGGAUAAAUAUUGAUGUAUAAUAAUCCACAUUUUUAUUGUAGGUGGUAUUACUGAUUACAUAUUUCUUGUUCUAUUUACUAAUACACCAAUUUACAAAAAUUGUAUUCAUUUCAUUAUCAAAUGUGCAUUUAAUUCAAAGUUUCUACAAAUUGUUGGAUAGGUUGACUAAUGGACUUUUUUACUUCAAUUUUUGAUUUGUAAUAUGCUGUGUUUCUUGAUCAGAAAGGACAAAAACUAAUGUUUUAUCACAGUAUAGUGAAUUCAAAGCUCUGUAUUAGACAAAUGCAUUCAAUGAAUAUUUUUGUUCCUGAAACUAACAUCGAAUAGAUGUCUUAUGUACAAUUAUUUGGCUUCUAGCUAAUAAAUCAAAGCCUUUGUACCUUGACUUAAUAUUUUCAUGUUACUGAGCAUGCUAAUGUGAUCUUUUCUAUAUCUGCGUUUCGAUAUUUAAAAAAAGAGGAUAUAUAUAUAGCAUGUGUAUAAUCCUUUGCAUUACUGUUUACAAAACGGUCUGAAUUAUGGUUUUUAAUAUCAUGAAUAUUUUUUGUUGUAGUUUGCGUUACAAACUACUUGCGCCUUUUAUUUGCACUAUAAAUUCGAUUAGAAAUAAGAUUUAUUACAAAAUUUUCUGUUAUCCCAUCGACAUGUUGUAAUGUGCGAUCAAAUAUUAGUUUUUCUAAGUGUGUAACCUCGUUUACAAACCAAUGUUAUGUAUGUAAUCAUAGAUCGCGUUAUGUAUAAAAGUUA